CUAAGAUGGCUGGUGUUCUUUGUUGAAAAUGGUGUUGCUGUCGCGCAGCUGACUGAACAUACACAUACUGUAUAGAACUAUUCAUGAGACGGAUCUCGCGGUUCGGGAGUUGGGGUAGCGCCCCUGCUGGGCUGGGCCCUAUGUCCCCGUCAUUGAGACCUUCCUCGAGGAUUGCGAGAAGGACACUUUCCUCGAUAUCAUGCAGACGAAGGGUCGAUACGCCCUCUGCAUCACUCACACUCACAACGUCCUUCAUAUCAUCAACAUCCCUCACGAGUCCACUCAUCACAAGACAAAAAUACAGAUCGCUGGCAACACAUACGAGUACAGUGACAGCAACCACAGCACUCACUGACAAACCCCGCGUCGUCAUCCUUGGCUCCGGCUGGGGAGGAUACAACCUCUCGCGCAAGCUCUCCCCCUCGCACUACUCCCCCAUCGUCAUCUCCCCACGUUCCUACUUCGUCUUCACCCCGCUCCUCACCGACACCGCAGGCGGCUCCCUCGACUUCUCGCACAUCGUCGAGCCGGUGCGCGACCGCAAUGCGAAAGUCGAUUUCAUCCAGGCCGCCGCGCGCGCCGUCGACUUCUCCACCAAGACCGUCAUCUGCGAGGCCACCGUCGUGAAGAGCGGGGUGACCGAGUCCCCGCGAAGCGACGACGACAGGUCACACACAGACACCGAGAACGCCAAAUCCGAACCCACGCAACCAUCCUGGGAGAAAGGCGAGACCUUCUCCGUCCCCUACGACAAGCUGGUCAUCUCCGUGGGCACGGUCAGCAAGACCUUCGGCACGCCCGGCGUGCGCGAGAACGCCCUGUUCUUCAAGGACGUGGGGGAUGCGCGGCGCGUGCGUCGUCGCCUGCGCGAAUGCUUCGAGCUAGCCGUCUUGCCCACCACCUCCCCCGAGAUGCGACGCUGGUUGCUGCAUUUCGCCAUCGUUGGGGCCGGCCCCACUGGGACUGAACUGGCGGCCUCGCUGCGCGACUUCAUCUCUGCGGACCUGAUGACCUUGUAUCCAUCCCUAAAAGGAAUUCCGAAACUGUCGCUAUAUGAUGUUGCGCCGACAGUGCUCUCCAUGUUUGAUGAGUCGCUGUCCAAAUACGCGAUGGACGCCAUGCGCAAGGAAGGCGUCGAUAUCAAGGUUUCGCAUCAUGUUGAGGGACUGCGGUGGGGUGCGCCGGGGGAACAGGCGCCCACGGAGAUGGAUCCAAAGAGGUGUUUGACUCUGACUACCAAGGAGGAGGGCGAGGUAGGGGUCGGUAUGUGCGUGUGGGCAACGGGAAAUGCCAUGAACUCGUUCGUCCGAGAUGCUCUAGCGGAUGUGCAGGCUUUCCCCACGGAGUCAGCUUUGCUAAAGGAUGGAAAGGGUCGGCCGGAUGACGAUCUCGUGCAACGGUCCGCAUGGCAUGUCAAAAAAGCGCCAAAAGUCGGCGCAUUGUUGGUGGACGAGCAGCUGCGCGUGCAAUUGGAGAAUGACAGUGGGGAUACUGUGGUGCUGCAGGAUGUGUUUGCCCUAGGUGACAACGCCAUGCCAGAGAAUGGAGCACCCCCGGCCACUGCACAGGCAACCUUUCAGGAGGCCAAGUGGUUGGCUACCCGGCUCAACCGGGGAGAUUCACAGCCAACAGCCCCCUUCUCGUUCCGCAAUAUGGGCACCUUGGCCUAUAUCGGAAACGCGAAUGCAUUGAUGCAGAUCCCACAUGAGAAAGGACAGCACAGUAAGUACCUACCGGAAGGUUUAAAGGGCAGAGUCGCUUGGUUGGUCUGGAAUUCGGCGUAUUUGACCAUGAGUAUCAGCUGGCGGAAUAAGGUCCGCGUUGCGUUCCGGUGGCUGCUAAAUCACCUAUUUGGGAGAGAUGUGUCGAGGUACUAGAAAUAAGCAAAACAUAGCGGUAUCAUCCAUUGCAGGAAUUGACUGCGACCCUGCCAAUGUUCAUAACUUGGAGACCCUUCCUCUCUCCGUC